AUGUUCCAGCUUGGAACACACGGAUUCCUGCUGGCAGCUCUCAGUCUGGUUCCGACCCGCGUAUGCUGCUCCUCUGCGGAAGUACCGGACGUCCCGAAAAUUGCCGCUUACUUUGGAACCAAGACUCGCUACGAGGAAGUAAAACCGAACGUACUGCGGGACCCUUUAACCGUGAACACCUCGGUACUCAGACCCCCGCCAGGUGAGUUUUGCUCCCCGGUUCACUUGACCGCCGUCAUUAGGCAUGGCAGCCGGUACCCGACCGUCAAGAACAUCCUUAGGAUCCAGAGACUAAGCGAGCUACUUCAGAAAGAUGCAUCCAGAACCUCAGAGGGCUCCACCGAAAGGCUGCAGGAGCUCCGGAGUCGUUGGGAGCCCUGGUACACCGAGGACAUGGACGGUCAGCUGGUGAGGAAGGGCAGGGACGACCUCCGGUUCCUGGCCCAACGGCUGGCCACUUUGUUCCCGUCUCUGCUGUCGGAGGAAAACCUGAGGAAGAGGAGAAUCCGCUUUGUGACCAGCUCUAAGCAUCGCUGUGUGAGCAGUGUGGAGGCAUUCCAGGAGGGUCUGCAGCAGCACUGGGGUUGCCAUGACAACGCUCCAGGAUACAGCCACAGUGUGGACGAUGAGCUAAUGCGCUUCUUUGAACUUUGCCGUGGUUAUGUGGAGGGCGUGGAGAACAACCGCACCGCACUGCUGGAGGUGGAGAAGUUCAAACAUGGCAAGGAAAUGGAGGCAGUGAGGAGGAGGAUUGCUGAGAAACUCGGCCUUUCUCUACACCUACUUACACCAGAUUUGGUGGAAGCAGCGUUCUUUAUCUGCUCCUAUGAACUGUCCAUCAAAUCUAUUCACUCACCGUGGUGCUUCCUGUUUGACAAGAGUGAUGCAAAGGUGUUGGAGUACAAGUCUGAUCUGAAGCAGUUCUGGAAGCGCUCUUACGGUCACGUAAUCAACAGUCUGUCCAGCUGUCAGCUCUUCCAUCACAUCUUCAGGACCCUGGAUAAAGCCGGCCGUCCUCGCAGAUCCACUGAGGCCGGUCCAGAACCAGCCUCUAUCUUGGUGGGGCAUGCUGAGACACUCCUCCCACUCCUCUCCCUGCUUGGGCUGUACAAAGACCAGACUCUGCCCACUGCCAGCAACUACCACUCACAGCAUGGACGGAGUUUCCGUACCAGUCGCAUCAUUCCAUACGCUGCCAACUUGCUCUUCGUUCUCUAUGAUUGUCAGCGCGGUCCCCGUCUACAGCUGCUCGUCAAUGAGACGCCACUGCGCUUUCCAGACCUGCAGACUGACGACACACCGCUCUACAGGGACGUUCGUGCAACAUACCGCCACCUGCUGGAUGGUUGUGACUUCCACAGAGUGUGUGAGGGGAGAGUCGAGGGCCGGGGGCCCAACACCGAGCUUUGACCCCUUGAACCCCCUGAUCUUAUUCCGUUAUGGCCUUAAUCCACCUGCUGAUAAUCAGAGACUGCCGCUAUAAAGCUGCUCCACUAGCUCUGAACUUUGUGGAUGAAGCAUUUAUGAAACGAAGACAAGAGAAUAUUCCCUCGAGUGGAGCUGAGGCGCUCCAUUGAAAGCUGCAGUGAGUCCGACAGCACAUCCAAACUCUUCGUCUUUCAUGCACAAUGAAAGAACACAGCAUUUCCUCAUGGAUCAGCCAGAUAUCUGCCUGCAAACAGUGUCUCUCCCAUUUCCUUCCCAAAAAUAUUUCUGUGAUGAGCUGGAAGAAUCGUAGUAUUCCUGUGGACCUCAGCUGGCUGAGUGGAGAAUAGGUUUCUAGAUAAAUAUAAGGAAUGUUGCAGGAAGAGUUUUUUCUGAUUUUUAUUCUGUGAACUGACCCUUUAAUCUGGGAUUUGGUCUUAAGCUUUAAGUUCAUAUUUUGCUGAUUCAGGUUUUAUUUAAAAAUGUUUAUCUGGCUGCACAUAUUCCUGCUCCAUGUCUGGAUAAUCUUAUCCGGGUGAAAUCAUUUGUGUUUGUGCCAAAUGAGUGUUCAGGGUGCUUUUAGUUUGCCAAAUGUUUCAGAAUUAAAGCUUUAAUAAAGUUUGAUUUUUUUUUUUGAUGAAA